AAGAAACCUUGUUUUCUGAUUUUGACGUUAUAAUCAUUACAAGCGAAAGCAAUUCAACGUAGAAAAUAUAAGAAAAUAUGAUACAAUUUUGAUUGUACAUUGACUUUCGCGGUUUGCUAAUAAUUAAUGCAUCAUGGAGUUUGUUGUCGACUGGAAUUCGGUGUGCCUCGUAUGUUUGCAGGAAGGUGAUAUGCGGUCGAUCUACGAAAAAGACGAGAAGAAUAUGACGCUUUCGGAGAAAAUUAUGCGUUGCUCAACGAUUGAGAUCCGGCAAGGCAUGAGUCUGCCAGAGCAAAUCUGCUCCGCCUGCUAUGACGACCUGAUAGCCGCCUACAGAUUCCACACAAACUGCGAAAGUACAAACAUCAUCCUGAAGUCCUUCCUCAACUCGAACGUCACCAACCUGGAAAUCCCCUCACCGAACGGUCAGACGUACAAAUACAAGCUGCCACUAGGACUGAACGUGAAGCGAGUGAAAAUCAAGCCCGAGGACAACGCACAACUGGUCAAAUCCGAGAGAGUGGAAUUAGUGCCGGAGGAACCGGAAGAUGUGGACGAAUAUUCGCAACACUUCACGGACGCGUUCAUCAUAACCGAGCUCGAAGACAGACUGGACGAGGACGACGAGCCCUUGUCGAAUCUUCGAAAGAAGGACUCCGAGGAACAUGAAGUCGACGCCCCUGACGAGGAGAAUAUCGUCGAAAUGUUGGAGCAAGUGGAGAAAGGCGAGGACAUGGAACCGACCCCCAAAAAACGAGCCCAGGAAAAUGCACAACAAAUGCGCGGGGUUCGGAAAGGUCGCGGGCGAAAAAGUCUCAAGUCUGACCAAGUGCAAUACAACGGAGACGUCCAGGACCUCGUGGAAAAUCUAACAACAAUCACAUAUGUCCGGAAAGUGUCGCGGGAAGACGGGAAACCGAUGAAAAUUUGCGAGAUCUGCGGCAACUCCUAUAAGUACCAACACGCCCUGGAGAGCCACAUGCGACGGCACCGCAACGAAAAGCCCUUCUCAUGCGAAUUUUGUGAUCGAGCCUUCGUUGCUAAUGUGGAGCUGAGGCGGCACAUGCGAGUGCACACCGGACAGAAACCGUACCCGUGUCGGUAUUGCAAUCGGCGGUUUUCUGAUUUCGGCAGUCGAAUUAAGCAUGAGAGGACCCACACCGGAGAGCGGCCAUACACGUGCGCAACAUGCGGGAAAUCCUUUGCUUACGCUCACGUCCUGUCUGUUCACGCGCUUACCCACACCGGCGAGAAGAAAUUCAAAUGCAAUGUUUGCGGUAAGGGUUUCACCAAAAAAGUAUAUCUAAUGGGACACAUGAAAUUACACAAUGACACAAUCAUGCAAGGAGGCGAUGGGACGAUAGCGAUACAAUCAGAACCAGUUCAAAAUGAAGCACCACAAACAGUAACAGACUUAGAAGAAGUAAUUUUUGUGAAUCCAAAAGUUGAAAAAGCAGACGUGGAGAUACUCUACGACAGUUGAGAUUCGAACUUCGGUUGAACUUUCUUUUCGAAAAAGAUUUAAUCACGUCUAGAUUUUAAGGAAUUUAUUCUAAGUCGCCUUAUAUUAAACAUAUGUUGAUAAUGUACUACCUGGAAAGAGAUAGUAAGGACGAUAUCGGGAGACAACUGGUCUGAUUAAGACAUUUGAACUGUACAAUUGAUCCUGGAUCCUGGUCAUUCGUAAGAGACGAGAGUUUGUAUUCGUUGCUGUUAUUUAACUGGUUUCGUUUCAUUUUGAUUUAAUUGUCUAAUUUAAUAUAUUUUACGAAAUAAAUUAAUAUCGUCUUUUUGUAAAAA